AUGCCAGCCCCCAUCUUCCGCACGCCUCCUCAGCUGCCCAUCGCGUUUUGCCAUACACCUGAAAGUUUAUUCCGGAUUACCCAGGAAGUGGUUGCUGCAUCUAGGAAGAAUUUCGAUCGAAUAGCGCAAUUGGGUGAGGAUGCGGUGGAUUUUGAACGCGGGGUGCUGCCGAUUGCGCAUCAGGAGAAUGAACUCACGAAUCAUGGAUCGCUGACGGGGUUUUAUAAGUAUGUGGCGCCUGAAAGGGAGCUGAAAGAUGCGUCGGUUGCGGCGGAUAGGAUAUGGACUGCUUAUGCGAGGGAGGUGACGAUGAGGGAGGAUUUGUUUAAGAUUAUUGAUGGUGUGUAUGUUACUCAGCAUGAUUUGGAUGAUGAGUCGAGACAUUAUUUGGAGAGGAAGAGGACGGGAUUGCUGAGGAAUGGAUUGGGGAUUCGACAUCGACAGUCGAGGAAUUAUUUCGAGGUGCUUCAGAAUCGGAUUGAUUCUCUGUCGUUGCAAUGUAGUCGUCAUAUCAGAGAAGAUGAUAGUGGAUUGUGGUUUACCCCAGAGGAACUCGAAGGAUUACCGCAAACAUCACUUUGGCGACUACGACAAGGCCGAACUGGUACAGAGAACGAGGGCAAAUUCUGGUUGUCUUUCAACACUGUGGAUUUGAACUUCGCACUAACAUAUGUGGAAAAUCCUGAGAUUCGAAAACGCAUUUUCAUAGGCAGCGAGAACCGGUGUCAUAAAAACACACCAAUAGUCGAAGAAAUCAUCUAUCUACGAGCAGAAACUGCAGCAUUGCUAGGAUUUGAUCAUCACGUGGAUUUUAUGACAGCAGACAGGAUGAUGGAUUCCAAAAGCAUUGAAUCUUUCCUCGGAAAUCUAAGCUCGCAAGUAUCGGCAACGGCGGAGUCAGAAAGAUAUCUCAUGUCCAUUCUAAAACGUGCGGAUCUCGAGGCUAGAGGGAUAUGUCACCUCAAAAUAGACGAGCGAAUCUACCUCUGGGACGAAAAAUACUAUGCUCGGCUUUUGAAAGAAAAUAAUCACUAUUUCAACGAAGCGCGUCUAGCUGAAUACUUCCCCUUGGAAAACACACUUAAAGAACUCUUGAAACUAGUAGAAGAAUUCUUUGGUAUCGUGUUUGAAGAAAUAUCGGCCGAAUGGGGUGCGAUUCUCAUGUCCGAAAUCAACGAACUGCCAUCCUCAUUCCUUUGGCACCCAGAUGUAAAGGUUUACGCGGUAUACAAUGAACCAGCAAUGAACAACGAGUUCCUAGGAUACUUUUACAUGGAUCUGCUUCGUCGUCCAGGAAAAUGCGAUCAUCCAUGCAACGUAACCUUCCAAGCCGGCUUCACAACUUCCACCGGUCAACCCCACUACCCAAGCACCUGUCUCCUAACCUCCUUCCCCCCACCCACACCCACCCAACCCACGCUAUUACGGCACCACAAUCUCAUCUCCCUAAUCCACGAGCUCGGCCACGGAAUCCACUACCUCCUCGGCCGCACCGCCUACGCCUCCACCUACGGCACAUCCACCUCCAAAGACUUCGUCGAGAUCCCCAGCAAGCUCCUCGAGAACUGGGCAUGGGAACCAACCAUCCUAUCUCGACUCUCUCGGCACUACACUUACCUCCCAAGCCCCUCCCCUCCAACGCCGCCUAACUCUCCCCCCACUCCACGACCAGACGAAAAGGCUCCGCCAGAAUUAUUAAACAAGUUAAUCGCAUCGCGCAAUUUCAACGCCGCGACCGCGACGCAGAAACAACUCCAUCUCGCUGUCUUCGACAACAUAAUCCAUUCCCGCCGUAUCGCUCCGGGAGAUUUGGGGAAGUUGUAUAAUUCGCUGAGACGCGAUAUCACGGGACUCAUUGGGGUAGAAGAGGGAUGUGGGUUUGCACGGUUUGAACAUCUUUUUAUUGGGUAUGAUGCUGGGUAUUAUUGUUAUAGUUUGGCGAAAAGCUUGGCGACGGAGAUUUAUGCGCAGAAGUUCGUGCAGGAUCCGUUGAAUGGGGUGGAGGGGAGACGGUAUCGGCGGAUGGUGUUGGAGAAGGGGGGAGGUAGGCCUGAGAGGGAGGUUUUGGAGGAGUAUUUGGGGAGGAGGUUGAGGUUUGAGGGUGUGUGA